CGCCCACAGCUGUGACACCUGUGUAGCUGUAGCAAAGCUUGAAAGCUUGCCGCUGUACUAGAGUCUGGCAGCUAAAGGGCUGAGGUUGAAGCUUCCUGGAGCGAGACCUCAGGCAGUUUCCCCACAUCCAACGGUCGUCAUGCGGCCUGAGGAUCUCAGGGCGACAGUCCUUGUUUGCGCUAAUCAUGCUUUUUCUCUGUAUGUCUUUUCUGUGUUGGGGGGAGUGAAUCAUGAAGGAAAGAAACAACUUUGGAGUGAUUUGCCUUUUAUGGAAAGGCUAGCCAGGACUAGAAAGCCUUGGUGCCUUUAUAGUAAAAAAGGAAGUCAACAAAUCAUAGAAAAUAUGAAGCCAGCCCUAAGGUAUUGGUAUAGAAGGGUAUAUGACAAUUAGAAAGAUAGAUGAGUGUAUAAAUGAAAUUAUACAAAGAGUAUAUAGAGGGUGAGUUAAACCUUGGCUGGUAAAAGUCUGGGUCUCACAGAUGUGGUCUUUGGCGCGAGACAGAUUUCACAAAAUUCUGAGAUCAUGCCCUUAAGCAACAACCACAAUGAACUCCAAGCUGCGGAAGUGAUACACAGAAAUAGAUAUUAAAGUGCUUUGCUAUUGUCUACACAGAAAUAGAUAUUGAUAUAUUUUGCUAUUGUCUUUUGCUGAUCCUGUGAAAUUGUAAAAGUUUGCUGAUUCUGAGUAAUUGUAAAAAUUAACAGUCUGAUGUAAUCCCCUGCCAAGUUCCUUGAUUGUAAAAGAAUAUAAGCACUGGUUUUACAGAAGUAAAUCCACAGCAGCACAACAAUCCCUUGUGUGUCUGUCUGUCAUUUUCCUCGCCGAUUCCUGACUUCUCCUCGAGCCUUCUCCCUGGUUCUCCCGCAGUGGUGGUCUCCCUCUGGGUGGUCUGCGGCAGGUGGCGCCCGAACAGGGACCUGAAGGACAGGAUGCCGAUUCCCCUAUCUGGAUCCCGGAUCGCCUUAUCCGACCUGCAAAGGGAGAAAAGGCGCAAGCGCCACCGGAGAAAGCAACAGAGGAAGCUGCUGACAUAAAUGAAGAAGAUGAAACUCGGCGGCGGCGAGAAACCGAAAGUGACUUGGUCGCAGAUUCAGCUUCUUACUCGGGACACGAAGAAGCUGCUGAUUGAGCAAGGAAAACCCCUCACCGCUUCAUUUUAUUUCACUGCCCUUUUGUCUUUGCUCUGUGCUCCGCUACCGAUAGCUCAGGGAGUUUCCUAUUGGGCGUAUGUUCCUAAUCCCCCAAUCAUUCAGCCUGUGGGAUGGUUAGAUCGGGAACCCAUCAAAGUGUUGACAAAUGAUUCAGUCAGGUUGGGUGGAGCUCAAGAUUCUAACGCUCGAAGAAGCUCCUCCUCUCUUAUAAAUUUUGAAGGCAGAGCAGAUUCACUACCAAUCUGCCUGACGCUGCAAGGGAAAGUGCCUUACGGCUGCUUUCCCACAUCUUAUAGAACCUUCCUGACUGACGGUCCAGACAAAGCGAAUGCUGGCUUGGAUCAACUGGAGAACCUGGCCAUCUCCUUCAAGAACCAUACCCUGUACAUAAAGGUUAACUCUUUUACAGAUGAUGCUCUGCUGGAAGAGCUGGUGAGCCUCAGGGAGCAUGCCGUCAAGGAACUAAAGAAAGAGCUAAAAGCCUAUGAAGCAAAAGCCUGUGACCACAAAAUUUGUCGCAUGCUCAAAGAGGAGGUCCUGGACUGUUUACAUUGCAAGAAAAUCACCCCCAAAUGCAUCAGAGAGAAGUACUGUUAUGUGGAUGGGCAGCCCCGCAUGGCGCUCAAGUUCCAGUCGGACAGCGACCUGAAGAACAUGGUGUUGGUGGGCGACUUGGUGGCCGUGGGACUGGCUAUCCUCACCUUCUUGGUCAUCCUGAUCGCGGCUUGUACAUACAGACAGAACCGAAAACUCCUGCUCAAGUAGACCAGUCACUUUGGUGUUUGUAGAAGGAAAAUAAAUUUAAUAAAAUCAGUGACAAAUUCC